AUGAGCACUGUGACAAACAACAUUUGGUUCGAGGGACCUGUUUCUGAAGCUGUUGCACUCGUCAAUUCGAAGGAUUGCGUCUUUGUUGUAUAUAUCUUUGAUGACACCGAGAACACACAAAAGCUGAACGAGACAUUGGAUAACGAGGACGUUAUCCACGCGCUUUCUUCCAAGGCUGUAGCCCUCAAGAUGCAUACGGAAUCCGACAAUGCAAAAAUGUUCAAGCAGCUUUAUCCCACAUACCAUGUUCCUGUCAUAUACUUCAUACGGCAUGGUACUAUCAAAGAUUUUGGUGUUGAGGAUGUUACUGCAGACGCGAUUGUAUCAAAGAUCAAUGCAACAUCGACGAGUGAACAGCAACAACCACAACAGCAGACUUCACCGGCAACACCUGCAGCUCCAGCUCCUGCUCCAAUGUCUCCUGCUCCAUCAUCUACUGAGACAUCAGCAGUGACAGAUCAACCACAACCAUCACAAGGAAGCUCAUCAGUAGAAGAAGAAGAAGCAACGAAUGCUGCCAAGAAAGAAAAGCUACGAAAGCAAAUGGAAGAAGCAAAGAAAAAGAGAGAAGAGGAAGAAAAACAGCGUGCCAAGGAUAAUGAGCUCAAGCGGAGACAGGAUGGGAAAUUGAUGCAGCAAACGAGGCAACAAUUGGAAAACAAACAAAACAAGCAAUACUUUGACAAGAUCAAAAAGGAGAAGCGUGAGGAUGAAGAGCAUCGUCGAAGGAUCAAAGAACAAAUCGCUCGUGAUCGUGCUGAGCAAAUGGCAGCAAGACAAGCAGCAAAGCAACAACGUAAAUCAGCCAACAGCAGCCCUGAGGCAUCCACUACAAGUGUGAAACGUGCUAGGAACAGCAGCAGCAGCAGCCAGCAUGACCAUAGCAGUAUCAGCAUUCGUCAACUAGAUGGCUCAACGAUGCGUAAUCGUUUCAAUGCUUCCGAUACCCUUUCUGUUGUCAAGAAUUGGAUUGAUCAGAAUCGAUCCGAUGGUGAUCAACCUUACAAGCUGCUGGCUCAGUUUCCAACACGACAAUUCAGUAUAGGAGAUGAAGAGCGAUCGUUGCGUGAACUUGAUUUGUGUCCAAGUGCUACGCUUAUUAUGAAAGGCAUCAAGAAUGUCAGCAAUGCCUAUGGAGCUGGCUCGUCUUAUGGUGUUAUGGAUUACGUUUAUUCAGCAGGAGGGCUCUUGUAUAAUGCAGCAAGUUCAGUUGGCACCACCGUAUCUGGUGUCAUGUAUUCCAUGUUCCCAUCGGAUCAAGGUGCUCCUCCUUCGGAAGCAAAUGUGCAAUCGCCCGGCGGCUUUCCCAACACCGGCGUGACACAACAAACACCAUCAUCUUCGAUCCCAGGGCAAAGACUUGGUGGAGUGCCUUCAAGCACAAGGCCGAGAAGCAAUAUCAACACGCUGCGUAACACUGCAUUUGAUGAUGACGAUAACGAACACCGCACGUACAACGGCAAUUCUGUUAAUCAGGAGUGA